AUGUCUCGGCCAGCGUCUUCGCUUGGGAACAGCGAGAAAGAGAGGAACGUGCCGCUAGACCAGUCACCGACCGACUCAAAACUUCCCGACAACAACAAGCACGAUGACGACAAAAGGCACAAUGUGGAGGAUGCACAAAGGAUACCGACGAGCGCCGCCGAAGCCACCGUGGCCACGGCCGAGAAGGACCUGUACGAGCCCUACGAUAACGGAUAUCACUUCCCACCGAAGCACGACUGGAAGCAAUCAACGCGGAUUGGCGCAAAGGCCUUUUGGAACUACACGUGCACCCCGCUCGGUUUCUUCGUUGUGUUGUAUGGUCUCAACGUUGUCGCUUGGGGUGGGAUGCUGUUCCUGUUGCUCUGCAACGCCUCACCGGCCAUGUGCUACCCAUCAUGUGAGGAUAUCAACUCACCACGUCGCAAAUGGAUUGAGUGGGACUCGCAGAUCCUCAACGCGUUGUUCUGUGUGACGGGCUUUGGGCUGGCACCGUGGAGGUUUCGCGACUUGUACUUUCUGCUACAAUACCGCCUCCUGAAGAAGCCCGAGGCGCUCUGUCGCCUGGCUGGUAUUCAUCGCGGCUGGUUUCGUCUUCCUGGAUCGGACAAGCUUCCCGUCAACAUUGGCCCCGAGACCGUUAUUCAGUUGUCAGAUGAUCGGCCGUUACUUCACAUUCCGCACCCCGAGAAGGCCGUUCCAAAUCCACCAUUAACGGGCGUCAGAGCGCCACCAACGCCUGUUUGGAAGAUGGACUUCGUUAUCUGGUUCAACGUGCUCAAUACGUUUCUGCAGUGCGUCCUCUCUGGGUUCAUGUGGGGGAUGAACAGGUACACCAGGCCUAGCUGGGCCACAGGCUUGUUCGUGGCUCUCGCUUGCCUGGCAGCCGCUACGGGAGGGUUGAUGAUGUUUCAUGAAGGCAAGAAAGUCAAGAGCAUUGAAGGAGUACCGGUUAGUAAGGAAGACCAAGAGCGUUUGGAAAGGGAUAAGGAGUUGGGAAUCCAGCACUUCAACAACAUCAAGGAUAAGGCGCCUAAGGAGAAGAGGAAGAGUAAGACUGGUGUUUGA